AUGGAUGAACCGAAGACAGAAGCUGCUCAAGCAAUCGAGAAUUGGUCAUGGCUCCGCAAGCACAUUGUAUUAAUCCAGUGUUCCUCCUACGCGGUCGCCCCGGGCUUCACCAGCUCCAUCUUGAUUCCAGCAAUCAACGAAGUGGCUCAACAAUUUAAAGUCCCCGCUCAAACAGCAACCUAUCUCGUGGCUGUCCAUGUUCUUUUUCUGGGCAUCUCUCCUUUCGUCUGGAUCCCAUGCAUGAAUACAUAUGGCCGCAGACCCGUUCUGAUUGCGAGUCUCUCAUUAUCCUGCCUCGCGGCACUGGGUGGAGGCUUCGCAAAGAGUUAUGGCGGUCUCAUGGCUGCACGAGUCUUCCAGUCCUUUGGCGUAUCGGCAGGGUUUGUGCUACCGGGAGUGAUCGUGGUCGACCUAUUCAAAACCGAAGAGCUAGGACGUAAAAAUGGGGUCUGGGCACAGAUGGUCGCUAUAGGCGCUCCGCUAGGUGGUGUUAUUGGCGGGCCUGUAGUUUACUAUCUUGGGUGGCGAUGGACGUUAUGGAUCACUUCCAUCGCCAAUGCUGUUCAGACCAUAGGCUUCGUUCUGACAUGUCCCGAGACUUCUGAUUCCCACCGCAGAAAUGGGGUUGGGACGCUCAAGAUGCGACAAUUUGUCGAGCCAUUUCUUAUACUACAAUCGCCGCAUAUUGUCCUUGUUGCCUUUGCUUAUGGGGUCACAUUCGCCGUAACCUCAGUCGGACUCGCUUCCAUCGUCCCUCUAGCAUUUGAAGAGCGUUACGGACUGGGGACAAUCGAUCAAGGUCUAAUCUUCCUCGGUCCUCUUAUCGGCGUCUUGUUGGGCGAGCGGCUAGCCGGACCAGGAAGCGACUGGGUCAUGAAUCGUGAACGACGUCGUUGCUCAACUGCAGACUCUGAGCGUUUAGAGAUUCGUCUCUGGAUUGCCCUACCAGGCUUUCUGCUGGCCAUACUGGGUGUUUUGAUCUUCGGUCUCACAUUACAAUAUAGCACACACUGGAUUGCACCAUGCAUCGGAUUUGCAAUCUCUAACUUUGGAUUGCAGCUUGUGACGACUCCAGUCAAGACAUAUUGCGUGGACUGCCUCAAGUCACACUCGGGGUCGGUGCUGCAGUUUAUCAAUACCGUCCGACAGAUUAUUGCCUUUACCGUGCCUUUCUGGAGUCCUAACCUGAAUGCGAGACUUGACUAUGGACUAGGCUUCGGGAUUGAAGCAAUCAUUUUGGCUGUUUUCUCUUUGGGCUGUCUUGUGGUGCUCUGGAAAGGAUUUGGCUGGAGGAAGGUUGUACACGUGAAGGGAUUGGUGGAUGUAUAG